GAGCCAGCCGGUGCGCAGGCGCGGUGCACUGGAGGUGAGAGAGAGAAAGAGACCUGGCUUCGGCGGAUCAGCUGACGGCGGGUGCGAGUGCAGGAAAGCCAUGUCCCAGCCCGGCUCUGCUUGCCAGCCGCCUCCUGAUGUUGACACAGAUGACUGCCUGCAGGACUAUUCCUACCUCUUCAGCCCAGAUAUCCUCAAGGCCAAAGUUGCGUUCAUCACUGGAGGUGGCUCUGGGAUUGGAUUCCGUGUAGCUGAGGUUUUCAUGAGGCAUGGCUGCCGUACAAUCAUUGCCAGCAGGAACUUGCAGAGAGUAGCUGAGGCUGCCAAGAAGCUGGAGGCUGCCACUGGUCAGCGAUGCCUGCCUCUUUCUCUAGACGUCCGGCAGCCCCAAACCAUCGUGGCAGCGGUGGAUGAGGCUGUGAAAGAGUUUGAACGAAUUGACAUCCUCGUUAACAAUGCUGCUGGUAACUUCCUGUGCCCGGCCAGUGCUCUCUCCUUCAAUGCCUAUAAGACAGUGAUCGACAUUGACACCCUCGGCACCUUCAAUGUCUCCAAAGUGCUCUAUGAGAAAUGCUUGCGGGACCAUGGUGGGGUUAUAGUUAACAUCACAGCGACCUUGAGCUACAAAGGGCAAGCUCUCCAGGUGCAUGCCGGGACGGCCAAGGCGGCUGUAGAUGCAAUGACCAGGCACCUGGCAGUGGAGUGGGGGCCCAACAACAUCCGGGUCAACAGCCUGGCACCAGGCCCCAUUGCGGGCACUGAGGGAUAUCGGCGGCUCGGUGGCGCUCGUGCAGAAGAGGACAGCUACCUUGAUACACUGCCCCUCCAUAGGGCAGGGAAUAAGACGGAGAUUGCCCACAGUGUGCUGUACUUGGCAAGCCCCUUGGCAUCCUAUGUGACUGGCACAACCCUGGUGGUUGAUGGGGGGAGCUGGCUGACCUCUCCUAACAACUUCUCCGCACUGUUGGGUAUUGCAUCACACUCUGCUAAGCUCUAGAUCACUGGGCCACGGAAGUGAAGAAAGACAAAUGAUGGACGAUCAGGGACUGACAGACAGGACACUGAGCAAACACUACGGCUUUGGACAUCCCUAUGACACAGGGUCAGGGGCCAGCCAUGACCUCUGGCCAUCAACCGUUGGGAUGACCUCACUGGGGUAAAAGAGAAAAUGGCAAAGUUGAAGAUUCAAUGUAUGUCUUGGUGGGGGUGGGGUUAGCAGGGGCGGGGGAGCUACCGGAGUCCUGUCCAGAGGGGAGCUGAGCCCAAGUUUGCUCCUGAUUUUAUAUUUUGAAGCUGGUCUAGCAAUAGGUGCAGUGCUGGUGAUGGGUCUGUGAGGUGCAGGGCGGGUUGCUGGAAUCUUGCUCCGCUUCACUGUGCUGUUUUCAUUUCUGUUACAUCAAACUCUGUGUUUCUCUGCUGAGUUACUUUGGUAAUGCCAGAGAGCAGGCCUGCCACCCCCUGUCUCAAUUCCCAGCUGAUUUUUCCCAGUUUUAACCUAUAAACUGCUGAUACCUUUCCACAUCACUGGUAGAUACCUUCAUCUGGGCAGAUGUUCUCUGCAGAUAGGUGUUCCAGAAAGUGUGUUGCCCUUCCCCAUUGCAGACUCAGUUCACUCCCAUUCGAGAGCUGCAGGCAGUAGUGAUCUACUCUCAAAACUUGCACCCAGCUUGCAAAGUGAUCUCUCUGUGGUGCAUGCCCCCUGAGGCCAGCCCUGAAUCUCCAUUCCCUUCCUGCACUUGGAUGGGCUGGUGACCAUCCAGAGUGUGCACUGUGAACAGGCGAGAGUCCAUAUUCCCACCAUUAAAAAUUGCCCUCAGCAAGCUGCAAAUGGCCACCUCCCACGGAUAGCAGCAUGUGACCUGCUACCGUUCAUCCUGCCGUGGAUGUGAGCCAGAUCACUAGCCCUGCUCUACUGCUACGGCUUUCUGUAUGCUCCAGUGCUCAGGAGCAGUAUUCAGCAGCCCAGACCCUUGCAUUCUGUGGCACCCCAGCACAGCAGGGGAGAGACUCUGCAGCAGCUUCACAUACACUGUGGGGUGGUGUUACUGAGUUACGAAAACAACCAGUACAAUGUC